AUGUCUACAAGCAAUGUAUUUAGUAUAGAUAAUUGUUUCCUUUUUAUACAAAUAAAAGCAGUAAGAGCUGCUGAUAAGAAUAUUGUUAGUAGUAAAGAUUGUCCUGUAAAAGCUACUCAGUUAUGUCUUGGUGGUAAUGGUUAUAUUAAUGAUUAUCCAACAAGUCGUCUUCUUCGUGAUGCCAAACUAUGUGAAAUAGGUGCUGGUACAAGUGAAACUCGACGAUUACUUAUUGGCCGUUCAAUUAAUGGAGAGUAUGGUAUUAAAUUUUAG